AUGGUGAUCGCGGCUAACGCGUUCAUAAUCUUCUUAGGAGGGUUUGAAACAACAUCCUCCACUCUGGCUUUCAUGUUCUUGGAGUUGGCAGCUCGACCAGACAUGCAACGCGCAUUGAGGGAAGAAAUCCGCGAGGUUGCCACUAAAAACGGAGGAAAGAUCACUUACGAUACCCUGCAGGAGCUGCGUUACAUGGAAAUGGUAAUACAAGAAACACUUCGUCUCUAUCCGCCGUUCCCAAGCAUUCAGCGCAUAUGCACCAAAGAUUACGUCAUUCCAGAGACAAAUAUCACAGUAGAGGAGGGCACCAUCGUUUUGUUCCCAACACUCGGCAUACAGAGAGAUGAACAGUACUUCGAAAAGGCGGACUCCUUCGACCCAGAACGAUGGUCUGAUGGCGCACCGCAACCUCCACCUGGUGUGUACAUGCCCUUCGGCGACGGACCCCGCUACUGUAUCGGUAAGCGUUUCGCCAUAAUCCAGAUGAAGUGUUGUCUCGCCACAUUACUCCCCCACGUGCAGUUCGGUCCCGCGCCGGGACGAGAAACCCGGACAGCUCCGUUCGAGGCAGACCCGCGGUCGCCCCUCACGCUACAUCCACUCGACUCUAGUGUCACUAUAA